UUCUUCAUCCAGGGUUCAGAAUAAGCCCUGCUCAUGCUGACAGGGGGUGUGAUCAUUCAAAUUCCUGGGAUGUGCGGAGCUGUGACAACUACUGCAACUCUGUGUGGGGUAGGGUCCCUUUGCUCAACAAGCAGUGGACCCGUGGAGCGUGUUAUAAUAGCAACUGCGUUUGCGCAUUCAACCAUUCGGAGCUGGGAAAAUAUACGAAUGAAUGUGUUCAAGAAUCUGUAUUCUCAUCGGUAGGAAGCAAGAAAACGAAGGCCGAUCGAACAAUCCAGGCGCAAGUUGGUCGCCUAGACACUAAACAACGAUUCGAGAUGUUCAAGAAGGCCUACGGGAGGAAGUAUACCUCAUCGGAGAAGAAAAAGCGGUAUCAGAUAUUCGCAAACAACUUGGUUAAAAUCGACAACCUGAUGGCUAAUAGGAAAGGGAGCGUCGUUUAUGGUGUCGGCCCGUUCGCGGAUUUGACUAGCGAAGAAUAUAUGGCAUCGAUUGGUGCCAUUCGCCGGAGAGAUGGAUCUACCAGAACCGCAAGACUACAACCCCGAAUGCUGAAUUCUUUCAACAGAUCCAGAAGAAGAAGAAGUGGCUCAGCGCCACCCACGCCUACCCCUAGGCGCGCACCCUCUCAGCAGUCUAGUCACCGGGGGCGUGGGAACUCGGUCCCACCCUCAUAUCGAACUUCGCCUUUCGGGACUUUGCACUACGUCGGCAGAGAGCCACUAGGAAGCCCUCUCAUCGAUUGGCGCGUUCCCGCCAAUCUGUAUCCGCCGACUGAGACUCAAUGCUCCGUCUUUAUGUCUUUGGAUCAUAGUCCGGGAGCACAUGUAGUCCCGUGGGACCGUUAA